UUGCUUUCUUCUACCUUCCAAGCCACCGCCGCGAAAAUGGUGUUCAAGAGGUACGUUGAGAUUGGGAGAGUUGCACUUGUCAACUACGGAGAAGACCAUGGAAAGCUCGUCGUUAUCGUCGACGUCGUUGACCAGAACAGAGCUUUGGUAGACGCACCUGAUAUGGAGAGGAUUCAAAUGAACUUCAAGAGGUUGUCUCUUACCGAUAUCGUUAUUGAGAUUAACCGAGUGCCUAAGAAGAAGGCUUUGAUCGAAGCAAUGGAAAAAGCUGACGUGAAGAACAAGUGGGAAAAGAGCUCAUGGGGAAGGAAGCUUAUUGUUCAGAAGCGUAGAGCUAACCUCAAUGAUUUUGACAGGUUCAAGAUCAUGUUGGCCAAAAUCAAGAAAGCUGGCGUUGUCAGGCAAGAGCUUGCAAAACUCAAGAAGGAGAUCACUGCUUGAUCAAAUUGAGUAUUAUCUGUUUUUUUUUUUGGUUGGCAUUUAGUUUUUUUGCAAAUCUCAACAUUAUUAUCUAAACUGUUGUCGGAUGAUAGUUUCAAUUUUAAAACCUUGUUUCACUUGGUUUCUUAUUGCUUCUUCUCUCACGACUUUCAUCUCCUUAUUUGGACUAAAAAAUACACAGAAGCUGAAGUGAGCAGAAAGACAAACUAUAAGAGAGUAUGAAACCAAACUUAGUGUUCCUAAUACGUUUAGUGAAGUGAUGUGGUUGUAGUGAAGUGCUUUAUUUUUGUCAAAUU